AUGAAGAAGAUGUACAUUAGCUUGGUUCUUCUCUAUUGCACAAUCUUGAAUGUACUGCAUGCGCUAUUUAACAAAUGUGGUGGAAUGACAAAGAAGAAUCCUCUGUAUGGCAAGGGUCUAAGUUACAUCUCCUUCCUUGAAAAGCAAAAUACUGCAAACAGUGUCCACCUGAAACACAUAACGAUGAUAAAGAGGAAGAAAAAGAAGUUCAUUCUUUCGAAGAAAAGAAGAGAUGCCAAUAUGUUAAUAACGGUACGACCUUCACAGGCAAAGGUUGAGGACGGGUUGAAGAUGAGCUCUCCGCUAUUCAUGCUCAGUCAGGAUUGCCCCGACCCUUCCGAUGGGACGAACGACCAAUCGGGUGGAAGUGGUGAAGACGGUGGAGGCGGCGAACCGGAUACCCCGAGCAGAGAUGAACCCUACAGGCAGUUGCUAUCCGCCACUGAAGCUCUAUCCCCCAAUUCUCCGGGACACGACGAUGGGGAUGACAUAGAAGAUCACCAAGAUGCAAUGAAGAAAAAGAAGAAAAAAAAAAAAAAGGAGUCAAAGGGGUGGAGCGGCAACACAGCUGAGGAGGAUGAAACGAAUCUCGACGAAGACGUUCUUAACAUGGACGCUCCAGAAUACGACGCACACUUGUCCCAGUUAGCUAGCUCCUAUUUGAAAAAAGCUGAAACGAUGGACCAGAAGCAGAUAGCCGGUAUGGACAAGGAAAAAAUGAUGGAUGAGUACAAUCGGUUGGUACAGAUUCUUAAAGAUAGUACACAUAAAAAAAUGAGCCAGUAUGAAGGGAACGAAAAAAAAAAUAUGUACGAGUUGAAUGAGAGAAUUAUCAACAGCUCUCGGAAGCUGAACCUGGAAAAGAUGAAAAAAGAGAUAGAGAAGUCUUUCACCCCGAAUGACGCAGUGGAGAAAAAAAUUCACGACUACAUGUAUAUGUUUACGCAGUCAGUGGGGGCGGAGACUCAGCCUGGGGUCCUUCCCGAUGGUAUCACAGGUGGCGCUACGCCGGAUGACUCCACUACAGGUGGUUCCACUACAGGCGGUUCCACUACAGGCGGUUCCACAACAGGCGAUUCCACUACAGGUGGUUCCACUACAAGUGAUACACCUAGGAGCACAUCUGGGGAUACUAACACCCCCCAGGAUGAUCUGCUCCGGGAAGACGAAGAAAGGGAGAACAGAGAAAUUCUGAAGCGAGUGUCCAGUGGGGACUACAGCGGAGUUGACAAGUUCCACUUUAAGUUUUCCGCGAAGGACCUGGAGAGGAUGAAGGACAUCGAAUCCACGGAGGAAGAAUCAACAGAGGAGCGAAAACUAGUCGAUGCUGCAUUUGACAGAAUAAUUAAGGACAACACCUUGGUGAACGAGUUCAAGGAGAAGGAGAAGGCCCUCCUGCAGUUGUAUGAGCGAGGGCGGAAGGAGAACAAAAUCGAGCGGGAUGAACAGAUUGAGAAUUUGAAGUAUUACAAUGAGAUGGAGAUGCAGAAGCGAAAGCAAGGAUGCAGUCAAAAUGGAGAGACUACCAAUGGGAGAAUUCCUGAGGGGGGUACUGCAUGUAACACCCCGCCCGGAGAACUGAUUGACAAGAAAUUAUUCUUCAAUCGCGUGUCAUCCAAAUUCGUGGACAUCAAGAAGGAGGAUAUCGAAGAAAUGAGCGAAGCGCAAGUGAGAGAUGAAUUGAGGAAGAGGGGAUACCCCACCUUCGGUUCCAUCAAAGAAAUAAAAAUUAGACUUCAAGAUGUUAUGCGCAUUAGGAAGAACCACGAAUACGACAUCAGAACUAUUUUGAAGAAACCAGAAAAACAUGUCCUGUCCCACAUAAGACUGGACAAAUUGAAAGAGAACCUAAAGGAGUUUAAGGAGAAUGAUCGUUAUGGAGAUACCGAGUCGAAGAUAAAGCAACUGGACGCUGCCAUGGAGAUAUCGAAUUUUAUUAAUGACCCAGUGGAUUACCUUCGUAUAGAUACGACGGAGAAGUUCGCAGGGAUAGCAGAGGAAUACCCAGAUGGAGGAACAACUCCCCACGGAGUGACCCCCACUGGAGAAGAGGAAGAGGAAGAUCUGUCCAAGGUACCCAUCGUCAAUGACUUCAACUUCACUGAGCAAAUAUCAAUGGCAGAAAAACUUAAAAAGAACUUCUCCUUAGAAGGAGAUGAAAAAGAACCAGACCAAGUGGUCCAAUUCGGGAAUGAGGGAGAUAGCCAGUCCACAUUUUCAUCCACAUUUUCAUCCACAUUUUCAUCCACAUCUCCAUCCUCAUUGCCAUCAUCAUUCGAAGGCGAACUACAAGAACAAAGGGAGGAGCUGUAUAGAAAGGAAGUUCUCAAAUUCGGAGGCCUACAAGAAACAGUAGAAGAAUUCCACUCCAAGCACAGUCUACCUCUCGACUUCGUCGGCGACUUUAUAUGUAAGGUUUCCAGUGAAAGUACGCACGCUAUAAAUAGGUAUAGGAAAAGGAAGAAGGAAGAGAUGGAAGGUUUGGAGAAAAAUGAACUUGAGUUACUCAUUUCUAGUAAUUCCAUCAACAGAGAUUUUAUCGUUUACAAAUUUGUUCAUACGAAUGAGUUGAUCAGUAAGUACCUUACGACGAAGGAUAUCAUCACUUUGAUCGAGUAUAGCAACAUGGCAGACCCGGUAGAUAUAAUCAAUUUUUAUUCUCCGGAGACCAUCUUCAUGUUGAGUGAGGAAUAUGGAAUCACUGUGGAUAGGGUGAUUGACACGUGUACUCGAUUAAACAUUCGCCUACCUUUCGGCGGAGAUACGCAUCUCAACGGUAACUGUUUCAAUGUACUCACCACGUAUUUGGCGCGAAUGAGAAACGGGGAAAAGCGUCUAGACGCCUCCAAGGGGUAA